AUGGUUCCUCGCACCGCCAGCCCGACUCUGAGCAUCACCCAGACUUGGCUGUUGUGGUUCCACCAGCCAUCCUGGCCACUCCGGCGAUUGGCUGCAUUGCUCCUAACGCUUUGUUUCGAAGUCUACACCCGCUCAGCGCCAGCCACUCGUUCGCUUAUUCUUCUUCACCGACUUGCUCGCCGCCUACCGCUCUCGUUCUCGCUCUCGCUCUCGACUCUCUUCUGCUUCCUCAACACAGGACAUGCCAUGUCUGGCUCCCAUUCUCACCCUGGAGGAGCCCAUGUCAUGGACAACCACGCACAGACUCAGUCCGGUACCCAGUCCGGUACCCAGAGGAUGCACGCCCUGCACCACGGCACAGGGGCAACAGCGGACGCCUCAUCAAAAGGUCCCGAUGUGGCCCUCUCCACCUCCGUCGCACCUUCCACCGCUUCUUCUUCUUCUUCUUCUUGUUCAACCGCUCCUUCCACUGCGCUCUCCACCGCGCCUUCCACCUCGGUCCCUUUGCCCUCGAUGGCCUCCCACGCUCGUUCCAAGACGGCGUCGCACAUUGACGUUGUCGGCCAAGGCAAGCGCCUGUCCCUGCAGUUCCCAAUCACCCCCACGGCAGCUGCUGGCAGCGCCCCCUCCUCUGCCCGCCCGCGAUCCCGCCCACAGUCCUGGAUGAAUGGCCAGACCGCAACCACGUUUUCAGACCCUUCGCCCGCUUCCGAGGUCAACAUCCUGUCCGUCCUCGCUGCCCAGGAACGCUAUGUGCUCGAGUUGAGAGACGAGCUCAACAAGGCCGAAGUCGAUCUCAAGACGCUCAAAAAGUACUACCAGCAACACGAGGCCAGCAAGGUUGUCAGUGCACGUAGGGGCGAUGGGCGCAAAGUGGCCCAGCUGCAGCCACUCAACACCAUGUUGGCCAACGAUGGCACCAUCGCUGCCGAAGACGACGGCCUGUCCCUCCAGCGAGAGAUGGAGCGUAGAAAGGCGCUGUUGAGUAGCACCAAGAAGCCUGAACGCAAAGUCUUCAGUGGCUCCCGACACCUUCGCACCCUGUCGCUCCUGUCUCCAGACCGACACUUCCCCCCCUCGUUUCCGCAACCCCACGAUGGUCAGGACGAGGCAGAGUCGGUCGACAAGCCAUCGCACGCUCCACCCCGGUCUUCCACCUCGUCGGAUUUCUCCCGGCCGCUCCUCAACGGUAUCGAGGAACGAUAUGACUUGGGCGGGAUACAGAAUAUCCAGCGUGAGAACAUUAUCCGCGCUGGCACCCAAAUGGCAAACGACUUCAAGACUGGCUUGUUUACCUUCAUCGAGGACCUGAGGCAAGCGACGGUAGGGGAUGAAGCUGUCAACGACGCUGAUACCAAUGCCGCAUCUGCCAACAUGAGACGCUCCUCGGUCAAAUCUACCCGUAAGCCGCCGUCGGAUGGCCGACCACCCCUGAACCGUGCAGCUAGCUCCAAGAAAUCCACGCAACAGCCUGGCUCGUUUGGUGACGACUUCUGGAAGGAGAUGGGAUUGAGUGAACCCAAGACAACAACGACAGUGACCAAGAAGACCCAAAACCAGAAGAACGUGCAGACUCCCCAAAAACCCUCCACGAAAGCGGUGGAGGAAGAGGAAGACUGGGAUAAUUGGGACACCCCCAACGAGGCUACCGUCGGCAAGUUGAUUGACCUCGACAGCAGCUCCGAUGAAUCAGAAGGCCACACCUCUCAGCUCUCAGGCCAGGCGAGCUCCAGGACAAGUACACAAAGCAUUCAGUACCACUCCAAGCGCCACGACUCCAAGGCAUCCUCCAUCAACAAUGGUCCCAUGGACGACGUGAUCAGCCCACGCGACCCAAAGCGCAACUCCAGUCCCUGGUCCGAUCUAGCCAAGCUGUCGCCAAACAACCUGAAGCGCACCGCCUCCCACCUCAUGAAAGAAUGGGAAAAGCAACUGACACCCCCACCCGAGUCGAGGACCUCCAACUUUACUCACGGUGAUUACAUUGGCCGAUCCGGCUCUCCUACUGGACUUCCUUGA